AUGUCUGGGGAAGAGGAAGAAAACGCUGCAGAACUCAAAAUCGGAGACGAGUUUUUGAAGGCAAAGUGCUUGAUGAACUGUGAAGUUUCAUUGAUUCUUGACCACAAGUAUGAGCAGCUUCAACAGUCAUCUGAUGACCCCAUGAAUCAAGUUUCUCAGGUAUUUGAAAAGUCAUUGCAGUAUGUGAAACGUUUUAGCCGGUAUAAAAAUCCUGAUGCUGCUAGACAAGUCCGAGAAAUUCUUGCUAGAUAUCAGUUGGCCGAGUUUGAGCUGUGUGUCCUAGGCAAUCUUUGUCCGGAAACUGUGGAGGAAGCUAUUGCUAUGGUUCCAUCUAUCAAGGUAGAUAUAUUUUUCUUCUCCUUUGUGUAAAAUUUUCUUUUGAGAGCGAAGGAAGGUUUUUAU